AUGGAGCCUGGCUUGCUGUCUCGUGCUCAGAGGGUCUUGGAGUGUUCAGAAAGACUGCUGAUGACCAUUUUGGAGGACUUGCAGAAAAGAAAAUCGGCGCUUGGACCAUCCUUCCACUUCUCAGGGAAAUCAGGAGAAGAUCAUCCCUCUCUGAUUCUGUGGAGUGGCGAUGGAUCCCACGUAACGAAAUCAAGCAGCUCACAUGGCUGUGAAGAUUGGAUUGCAGACGGUGGGUGUAAUACACUGGACUAA